GUAAUGGCCGACGUGGCAAUGUUUGACGUUAGGAAAGUGCAAAAUAAACUAUUAGAAUGGGAACAGCCAGAUAGACCUUUGGCUCCUCUAAGCACAUCACAGAGAGAUGCUGUGUUAGAUCUAUCACACGAGGUUAAUAUAAAGACAAUUCCUCCUGACCUGCCUUUCGGUGACGAGGCCGAAGCAAGACUAGCACCAUCUGAGUUUAGCCAAGACAGUGACUUGGCCUGUAAGGAUCUAACGCAAAGUUUUGUUAAUUUAGAACUUGGCCGGGUUAAAAUUGAAACCACACAACAGUUCUUAUCUUGGUAUUCUCAUGUCGAAGAAGAACUUCUGCAGUCAGAAGAUGUUCAGUUCAUGGACUACUGGCGCCAGCUGGCGGAGCGAAGAGAUGAGUGUGGUGUUCUUUUAUCCCAAAUUGAAGCCUCGCUGAAGGACCUUGCCUGCCUAAUGGAGCAGUAUCAUGUUGUUUCCAACAGGACAAACUCCCUGCAUCAAGAUAGCGAACAAUUACUGGCUGAUCAGACAAAGUUGCAUGGUAUAUGUGAGGAAGUUGGGCAGAGGCUUCAGAACUUCAUGGCUCUGGACUCACUCAAUAAUCGUUUGUCCUCCCCUACACUCUCUGUCUCCAGCGAGGCUUUUAUUGACAUACUUGACCGCCUGGACCAUUGUGUGGAGUACAUAGGAGCUCAUAGCAAGUGGAGAGAAUCAAGCUCGUAUCUUGCCCGAUUUCGCCAUUGCCUGUCUCGUGUGGUGGCCAUGAUACGUAGCCACAUAGUAGAGGCACUAGAACAUGCAACACAGCAAGUUUUGGCUCCAGCAGUGCAUGUUCCCAUGGGGGUUACGAAUAAUACAGCCCUCACUCUGUGUUACGGCAAAUUCCAAGCCUCAGCACCACGUGUCAAGCCACUUCUUGCUCAAGUUGAAGCCAGAGUCAGUCGUAGUCCAGAGUACCAGCAGCUGCUGGCAGAAUGUCACCAAUGCUACUUCACACAGAGGGAGCUUCUCCUCAGUUCUAGUGUGGCAACAUCAAUAAUGGAGUUAUCAGUCACACACAAGGGUGACCAUUGUUCAUUAGUGCGCAGCAGCUGUGCAUGUCUUGUGCACGUGUGUCAGGAUGAACAUCAGUUGUUCUACCAGUUCUUUAGUCAACCCACUCCUUUGCUCAUAUCAUACCUUGAAGGCCUUUGUACAACUUUGUAUGAUGUUCUGCGACCAUUCAUCAUUCAUAUAAAUCACUUGGAAACGCUGGCUGAAAUUUGCAGCAUACUACGGCUUGAAAUGCUUGAGGAACACGUUCAGAACAAUC